CACCAGAAGACUCGGGAAAAUGAUGGUCUUUCAUUGAUAACGACGUGUUCAGUUGUUGAAUUCAUCAUGCUUAUCGCUUCUAAUUCUUGUCUCUUGAUGAGUAACUUAUAAUAUGAGGCAAUUCACAAUGUCCAACUCAAUCUUGUUCUGUUCCUUUCUUCUGGGUCUCCCUUUUGUUGAUUCACUUCAAUUUAACUUUUCUAGGUUUUGGGAAGGUAAUCCCAAGGACUUACUUUAUCAGGGAGAUGCAACACCCAAUGGGACCGUUGAGUUGACCGAUGCUGUAUUUACAUCUCGAGUUGGUUGGGUUACUUAUGCUGGGAAGGUGCCUAUGUGGGAUCCUAGAUCCGGUAAGCCUUCUGAUUUCGAUACCACUUUCUCCUUCAUAAUCGAUACCGGUAACAAGUCGCUGUACGGUCAUGGGCUCUGCUUCUUUCUUGCUCCUGUGUGAAUCCAACUCUCUCCCAACUCAGCCACUGGUUUCUUGGGUCUGUUCUCUCGUACCAAUAAUUCCUCAUCUUCCUUUCCACUUGUUCAUAUCGAGUUUGACACAUUUAAAAAUUCAGAAUGGGAUCCUCUUAAUGUCCAGUCUCAUGUGGGGAUCAACAAUAAUUCGCUUGUUUCUUCUACUUACACUUCCUGGAACGCGAGCCUGCACAGCCAGGACACAUGUCAUGCACGUAUCUCAUAUGAUUCUGCUGCUAAUAACUUGGGUGUCUCUUGGACUUAUGAUCUGACCUCUGAUCCUCGAGAGAAUUCAAGUCUGUUUUACAUCAUUGAUCUUGCCAAGGUUCUGCCACCACAAGUUACAAUCGGAUUUUCCGCUUCUACUGGAUCGAGCACAGAAAGCCAUAGACUUUUAUCAUGGAGUUUUAGUUCAAGUCUGGAUAUAAAGGAGGAAUCCCCUAACUGGACAGCAGUAAUAGUUGGAGUUUCAGUUUCUGGGUUUGUUGUGCUGAUCUCUUUGGUCAUUGCGUUCAUGGUCAUUUGGAGGGAGAAGCAAAGAAAGAAGAAAACAAGAGAGACAGAGAACUUGACAUCAAUCAACAAAGAUCUCGAAAGGGAAGCAGGACCGAGGAGAUUUUCUUAUAAAGCUCUUGCAUCUGCCACCAACAAAUUCUCGGAUUCAAGGAAGCUGGGUGAAGGAGGGUUUGGAGCGGUUUAUAGGGGUUGCUUAAAUGACUCAAAUUUGGUGGUUGCAGUGAAGAGAUUAGCAGCAAGCUCUAAACAGGGAAGAAAAGAGUUCAUAACUGAAGUCAAGAUCAUCAGCAGGUUGAGACAUCGAAAUCUGGUGCAACUCAUCGGCUGGUGUCAUGAUAAAGAUGAGUACUUGCUGAUAUACGAGUUCAUGCCAAACGGAAGCCUCGACUCCCACCUAUUCGGGAAACGACCCCAUCUCUCAUGGGCCAUAAGGUAUAAGAUAACAUUAGGUCUAGCCUCUGCAUUGCUUUAUCUUCAUCAGGAAUGGGAACAAUGCGUAGUUCACAGAGACAUCAAGGCGAGUAACAUAAUGCUCAACUCUGAUUUCAGCAUCAAGUUAGGUGAUUUUGGGUUGGCCCGGCUGAUGGACCAUGAGCUAGGGUCCCAGACAACAGGCCUGGCAGGAACAUUCGGUUACAUGGCUCCUGAAUACAUAAUGACAGGAAGGGCAAGCAAGGAAGCGGACAUAUAUAGAUUUGGAAUCGUUAUACUAGAAAUCGUCACGGGAAGAAAGUCGGUUGGCCCAAGAGGAGGAAACACCGAGCCAGAAAAGAGCCUUGUGGAGAGAGUUUGGGAUCUGUACGAAAGAGGAGAACUUGCUUCAGCCAUUGACGAGAAACUUGGAGAAGAUUUCGAUAGGGAGCAAGCCGAAUGCCUGAUGGUUGUGGGAUUAUGGUGUGCUCAUCCUGAUAGAAACUCAAGGCCUUGCAUAAAGCAAGCGAUCCAAGUUCUGAACUUUGGAGCGCCUUUGCCUAAUCUCCCACCCAAAAUGCCAGUAGCUGUGUAUUAUGUGUCAUCUCCUUUCUCGGUUAGCUCCAGUAGAGCUUCUGUAACGUUUUCCAGCCAUCAAGUGGGUCGCUGAUAAAUGCCAGAUUGAUAUAUAUACACACAAGUCUGUAAAGCUAUCCUUACACACACAAGCCUUUCUUGUUCAGAAGAAUGUUUGGGAUUGUAAACAAGUUCGUUUCUUGCCGUUUGAGAACUGAGACGAGGGGUUCCUCUUUUGGUUCGUAGCUGUUUUUUCUCGAAAAAAAAAUGUUGCCUUUUUUUUUGUCACGUCCAAGUAUUGUCUUUCAGUUGGAUAGGCUCAACUGACAAUACUGUGAGUCAACCUCGUGUGUUGAGGGGUACUUUAGUCAUUUACCUAGAAGACAGGUACACGUCCCCGCGGAAGAGGAUUAACUACGGCUAUGGAGAUUUUUGGGGUUUUCUGUUC